AUGCAGCAAUCGAUGGAAUUUCAUCUGCCAGAUGCCAGCCCUUUUACAGCUCCGUGUGGCAAUGAUCCUUUGUAUUGUCCACUGAGAACUAGACAGGGUACCGUAUGUUACCAUCUGCUAACCAGGCUACACUACUGGGAACAAGCCAGCGAAGUGUGCGACGCGCAAUAUCAGUCCGAUCUUAGUUCCAUGCAUUCGAGGGAUGAAAUCGAUUUCAUCUAUCAAAUGGUAUUGCUGCAACCUACAGUAAGCGGUGAAACAAAAUACUGGAUUGGACUGCAUCGAAGAAAUGUUCAUGGCCAAUACGAAUGGUCAGAUGGUUCAGCGUUUGAUUACAUGGUACAGACGGUGGUAAACGAAGAUCCAGAUGAAGAAGCUGGUGCCUGCACAGCAAUUAAAUUCAAUGUCAGCACGAGGUCACUGCUUUCAUCGUCGCUAUACUACAAAAUGGGCAUUCCACCGCCUCCACAAAAAAGCGCUCCAGGUAUCCUUUCCUGCUUUUCCCCGAUAAAAACUCUUAAUGAUUCGGCUGGUUUGUUGGCAUUGCUGAUGAAAUUUGAGGAGCAAGGAAAGUUGAAAAAUAGUGUUUUUUUUUCGAAAAAAAGUUGGAUGAAUUUUAGUACCUUAUAA